AUGACGUAGUACACAGACAGCGUGAUUGCGAAAGAGAAAUUUCAUUAUUUUGAUACACGUUUGUGCAAUUCUUUCAUUUAAAAGACAACUGAUCACUAUAUUUAGAAACAGAUAUGGCAGUUCGCGCCCAGUUUGAAGGUAAUAAUGAAAUUGGCGUGUUUUCAAAGCUGACAAACACGUACUGCCUCACAGCGAUUGGAGGUUCAGCAAAUUUUUACAGUGUAUUUGAAGGUGAAUUAUCAGAGGUAAUACCUGUUAUACACAGUAGUCUCGCAGGAUGCAGAAUCAUCGGCCGUAUGUGUGUUGGAAACCGCCAUGGUCUUCUAUUACCAAUGAGCACCACAGAUCAAGAAUUGCAACACAUCAGGAACUCAUUACCAGAUGCUGUAAAAGUACAGAGAGUUGAAGAGAGGUUAUCUGCCCUUGGCAAUGUGAUUGCAUGCAAUGAUUAUGUAGCAUUGGUCCACCCAGACCUCGAUAAGGAGACAGAAGAGAUGAUAGCUGAUAUAUUAAAGGUUGAAGUGUUUAGACAGACAAUUGCUGAUAACGUUUUAGUAGGCAGCUACUGUGCAAUAAGUAAUAAUGGUGGAUUGGUACAUCCAAAAACAUCAAUUCAAGACCAAGAUGAACUUUCGUCAUUAUUGCAAGUCCCGUUAGUGGCAGGAACAGUAAACCGAGGUAGUGAUGUUAUUGGGGCAGGGUUAGUGGUAAAUGAUUGGAUAGCAUUUUGUGGUUUAGACACAACUAGUACUGAACUCUCAGUUAUAGAAAGUGUAUUUAAACUUGGAGAUGCCCAACCUAGUACUAUAGCACAAGAUAUGAGAAGUUCUUUAAUUGACAGCAUGACGUAAAUAAGAAAGAAAAAGAAACAGCCCUUGUAUAAAAUUUCAUGAAGAUCUUUGAAGCAGAAAAGACUAGAAUAUGAAGAACACAAACUGUUGGGGAUUAAUAUAUCUUGAUGUGUUGGGAGUUGACUUCGCAAUCAUGAACUGUAAAUUUACUAACAUAGGGUGAAAUCAGUUUACACAAGGAAUAUGAAUAAUGUAUCGUAAUGUUUACAAGUACUUGAUUCACCAAGAGUUGUCUUUUCGAUCAUGAGCUGUAAAUUUACUAACAUACAAUGGAAUCAGUAGACACUAGGAAUAUGUGUAAUGUAUCGUAUCAGUUACAAAUUGUAUUAUACCUCAACUGAGUUUACCUGUUCAAAAUGCCUGGAAACAUUUUUAUGGCAUGUAUGAUGUGAUAUUAUGAUGGCAAAUCCUGUGAAAGUAGCUAACCAGUCUUAAAAUAGAUGUAGGGAUUUCUGCAAUUAAACAGACUUAAGAUUUUUCACUAAAUUUAAUUUUGUCUUGGCUGACAUUGUUUUUCCUUGGGUUGCAUUGUCACCCUCAGAGGCAUGUGAUUUUUUCAUAUACAGAAUGGAGGAAAAAUCUAUUUUCAUAUCAUAUAUUUUGUAUUUUAUAUUCUAUUCACCAUAACUUUUGAAAAUUCCUGUAUCCAACAUAUACAUUGGGUCGGAGUCUAACUCCAACCCAAGUUUAGAGAGCCUACAUUAGUCCCGGUGGUAGGUUUUGUUUUCAUAGAAUUUAGGUAGGAAGAUUGGAAAAUAUUGUUUCUCACUUUUAAAAUGUAUGUGCUAAGUAAGUUAUAAAGUGAUUGACCAGAACUGUAAUUAUUUGAAAGAAGUCUUAACAGAGUGGGAUCAGAGUAAUAUUUUAAAACAAAAUCCUGUACACUGUACCUGGGGUAGGUUAAGGUAAUUCAGCACAUUUCGUAUCUGGAUAAUGCAGAAUUAAGCUUGGACUUGGCAUACAGAAUGGAAAAUAAUUAUGCAUAUAGAAUUAAUGUUAUAUUGUGUUUACUUUCAUAAAAAUGACAACAUUUACUUUCUGUCUGAAGAUAAAAUAUUAUAUCAGAAAUGUUCAUGUGUCAGGAAUUUCAAAAAUCCCUUCUUGAAAUUUGCGGAUUUCUUAAAAAAUGGCAAAUUUCUCGAGAACAAAAACUUGAACCAUUACAUUUUAAUUAAACAUAGAUAAUUUGUUGAUUUACAUCUGUGAAAACUUUUAUUAAAAUCUAAAUUUAAAAAAAUAUUCUAUUUGCAAAACUGUAAUCAAAAUACCGUUUCCCCACAGACGCCCAUCACAUUAAAAAAAACUUGCACAAUCUGUAUUUUUUAGGUCAGUAUAGUAAAAAGUCAAGCAAACAACUCCAUCUAUGCAUUUUCAUAGAUUUUUUUUAAUGACUUAAGUGUAAGGCAAAGACUUCUUUAUGUUUCAUCACCUUAGUUGAAUCUGAUAUAUCUGUUAUACAGAUAAAAUAGCUCUGCACUUUGCUGAUAAUACAUGCGCCAGAUUUCAACUGAAACAGUAAAAAAGUUGAGAAAAAAUAAUAGUGAUUUUGAAAAGCCAUUAAUACCAAUGCUAGGAAGUAAUAUUGUACAAUAAAUGGAUCAUGGGACUUAAACUAAGUUCUUCAACCAUUGUUUCAUUUCUAGACUGGCUCCUAUCCCCAUGUUUUCUCUGUCAUGUUUCUUGUAUAAGUUUUCUUUGUUAACAGUGGAGGUAACUCAAGCAGGUUAUUUCUACAUUGACAUUAUUUAUUCCCCCUGACUCUGAACAUAGGUUCAGCCAACGGAUAAAAAUAUACUAUUUCAGAGGCAUAAAAUUUAAUGUUUGCAGUAUUAAAAAUAAUAAUAACCAUGCAGCCAGGGAGUCAGGCUGUUUCAUCUCCUGUACAGCUUACAUAAAGUUUUGUUUAUCAUGCCAUUUAUAUAUAUAUAUAUCAAUCAGUGCAUACAUCAGAAAGUUUGUUUCAUAUAUGAAUAAGCUGUCUUUGAUAUGGAAAAUUAAAGGUAGCCAUGCUGA